AUGGAAUCCGUGCUGACCCGCUUCAAUCUGACGCUCGACAAUAUGACAACGUUCAGCUCCAACAUACGGCAGGGGCUUAUCGAGCAGUACAGCAACAACCGGAAGGUGGCCGAUCCUUGGUAUCACAUCCUGAUCGUCAUGUACGGUACCUUGAUCGUGUUCGGUGCGACGGGUAACAGUCUGGUCGUGUUGGCCGUCGCCCGGAAACCGCAGAUGCGAACCGCUCGCAACAUGUUCAUCGUAAACUUGGCCGUUUCCGACCUACUGCUGUGCCUAGUGACAAUGCCAUUGACACUGGUGGAAAUCCUUACCAAGUACUGGCCGAUGGGUCGGUUACCAUUUUUGUGCAAAUCCAUCGGCACGCUACAGGCAACGAGUAUCUUCGUAUCGACCAUCUCCAUUACCGCCAUUGCAUUAGAUAGGUACCAAGUAAUUGUUUAUCCCACACGCGACAGCCUCCAGCUGAUGGGGGCCAUCGCCAUCCUGACCGGUAUCUGGAUCAUCUCGAUAGUGUUAGCCUCGCCGAUGUUCAUCACCCGACAGCUGAUCCACUACGACGUUAACCUGCCGAGCCUCGGCAUAGAGUACGUGUCGUACUGUAUCGAGGACUGGCCGAUCGCGUACGGCCGUGUGUACUAUUCGGCGUUCACACUCUGCGUGCAGUACGUGCUACCGAUUCUGAUAGUUUCGGUAGCAUAUCUGCGUAUCUAUCUAAAACUCAAGCACCGACUGGUGGUCGGCACGAGCGGGAAACCGGGCGAGGCGAAACCGGUCCGGGAGCGGGAACGCGGUCGAAGGAUGCAACGGACCAACUACCUGCUGAUCAGUAUUGCACUGAUCUUUGGCGUUUCCUGGCUGCCGCUGAACCUGUUCAACCUGUUCGCCGAUCUGUACGUGCAUGCGAUCACGCAAGACAUUAUGGUCGCGUACGCGAUCUGCCACAUGGCUGGCAUGAGCUCGGCCUGCUCGAACCCGCUGCUGUACGGUUGGUUGAAUGACAAUUUUCGGAAAGAGUUCAACGAACUGCUCUGCCGUACGUCGUCGGGCGGCCCGGUCGGAUCGGGCGGUCACUCGAACGGAAGCCGAGCGAACGGUGCAGCUGCCACCGUCGGCCGAGCGCGAGCUGAUCGAGCUGGGACCGACGGUGAACGUGAGGACCGAACACUGCCAGAACUAACGCAGCACCGUCCGACCCAUUGGAUCAAUCAAUCCGAAGUACUUACAGACAACGACGAAGAGCAACAGAAGCUGUGCGAAUCGAACGAAAACCAGGAGCAGCAGCAUCUCUGCUCCAGGGUUAAUGCAUGCUGA